AUGUCAGAUCCUAAUACUAUUGCUCAACUUCUCUCAGCAUUGGCACAACAACAGCCAGAAACAGCCCCAAUAAGAGCUCAUAUGCAUAAGACAGAAGCUUCAAAUGUUCCAGUAAACACAUUUUUAGGAGAAACGUUAAAUGGCAUGCUUAAUGGGUCAUUUAAUACAACAUCGUUAAAUCUAGAACAUAUACGUCCAUCAUCAUCAGGAACACUUUCAUUAGCAAAUAUUAUGUCAAACGUUAACCCAGCAUCCCAUUUGAGUGUAUCUGACAUGUAUUCAUCAAGCAAACUACAAAAGACGCAUAGAGCGUCCAAGGAGCUGGGAUAUGAUGAUACACGGUCUAGAAGAGACGAUUUCUAUGACCGUGACUGGAGAGAGAAAGGAAUGUUUUCAAAAACGCAACGCCGUAGAACCAAAUGUGCAAAAGAUCGGUCUAUUAGUCCUAUACGGAAAAAGUCGUCCAAAAAACCAAAAGUAGUAGAAACAGUUAAGAUUGAAACGAAUUUUGUUGGGUUGAUUAUUGGUCGUGGAGGAGAAUCACUUAAACAUAUUGAACAAGAGACAGGUGCUCGUGUACAAUUUUAUCCAGAGCGAACAAGCAUAAUGAAUCAACGUAUGGCAACAAUUUCAGGAACACAAGCGCAGGUAGAUACUGCAAAAAAGCGGAUAUUUUCAGUAAUCGAAGAAAACAAAAUUUUAAAAGGUUUAGCGUCUAGUAUGAAGAAUAAUAUAGAAGAUAUAAAUAAAUCUGCACAAGAAAACGGAUACAGUUCAAUUCAGAUUUAUAUUCCAAACAAAGCAGUGGGGAUGAUAAUUGGGAGAGGAGGUGAGUCAAUUCGAGAUCUUCAGGAACGGUCAAAAACGUAUAUUAAUAUUGCACACGAAAAUGAAACAAUUCAUGGAAUGCGUCCAGCAUAUAUUUUUGGUACAUCGGAAUCAAUCCAAAUCGCAAAAAAUAUGAUUGAUGAAAUCAUAAAGACAGAUAGUGUUAUUUCAUUUGAAGCUGAAAAUCCUCCCGAUCCUACACUGCAAACACCGAAUAUUACAGAAAUUGCGCAAGAAUCGCAAACAUCAAUAUAA